ACAAUCAGAAUCUUCAAAGAUGCUGGAGAGAAAUUUGGAAGAGAAGCUAAAUAAAUUGUCAAAAUUGACUUCACCCUCAAAUUGUUGCAUCUACAGAGCGCCAAAGCGUCUGCGCCAAGAAAAUGAAAAAGCUUAUACACCUCAAAUAGUCUCCAUCGGCCCUCUUCACCAUGGGGAACCACCGAAAUUCAUGGAAGAAGAAAAACAAAGAUACCUGAAAGAAUUUCUUGAGCGAAUUCAUGAUUUAAGCGUCAAAGACCUCUGUCAUUUGAUAAGGAGGAAUGAAGACAAAUUACGUAGCUGUUAUGCUGAAACAAUCGAAUGUGAUAGCGAUGCAUUUGUGGAAAUAAUUCUGGUGGACGCCGUUUUCAUCGUUGAACUCUUACUGAGAUAUAGUUUCAAAGAUUUGCGAAAGACAGAAGACCAUAUAUUUGAGCGGCCAUAUUUGAUUCAAGAUAUAUGGUACGACAUGUGGUUGCUUGAGAAUCAAAUUCCAUUUUUCAUUCUUGAGGAAAUUUUGAACCUACAGAAAGUGAGUGACGCUAUCUCAGCCAAACUUCAGAAGCAGCCACGGUUCAUCGAGCUUACAUACGAAUAUUUCAAGAGUUUAGAGGCAGUAAAUGGCAAAUUAGAGAAAUUCAAGGAUGCAACAAAUGGGGUAAAAGUUAAACAUUUCACUGAUUUUUUAAGAAUUUGCCAUCUACCAUCCGCAGAGCAGAGGGAAAAGCAAAAGCAAGAAAAAGAGAAGAGGAAAAGAAAAGUUGUGACUGCACCGAGUGUGAUGCAACUCCAUAAUGCUGGAGUCGAGUUCAAAUUGAGCAAAAGCAACGACUCAUUCCAGAUAAAUUUUGAGAAGGGGACUUUGGAAAUCCCACCACUGAAACUACAGCUUGAAACUGAAUCGUUGUUUCGAAAUUUGAUUGCUUUCGAGCAACGUCAUUACCCUGAUAAUUACAUAAACGAUUAUGUUUUUAUCAUUCAUCAUCUUGCCAACACUCCCAGAGAUAUUGAGUUGCUUGUUGAGAAACAGAUUAUUGAAAACUGGCUACCAGAUAAAGAAGGAGCAUCAACUCUUUUGAAUAACCUCGCAAGAGGGACAACUUUGGAUACUGAUCAUUUUUAUUUUUCUUAUCUUUGUGAAGAAAUGGAAAAUUACCGUGCAAAACGCUUGAACAAGUGGAGGGCAAUAUUGAAACAGAAUUAUUUUAACACUCCAUGGUCUACCCUUUCCGUUGUUGCUGCUGUUUUUCUGAUUCUACUUACGGUAGUUCAAGCAGUGUUUUCUGUUCUCCAAGUGACGAAUAAGUAAAAUGACUGCUCUUAGACUUAUUAUAGUCCCUCUGUUUUCAAAAUACUUAUACCUUUUGAGUUGGCCUUAUCUAAAGCCUUUCAGUUUGUGCUUUUGUGGGGUUUUCCUUGUAUUGCUUGGUGUUCAAGUCAUGAAUAAU